AUGAGAACGGCCGCUGCCCUCUGGAGCGUCCUUCUUGCCGCCACAGCGGCACUAGCAAAUGCUGGGAACCCAUUCUCAUCCAAUGUGAUUGCGUUGACGCCAAAGAACUGGCGGCAAGAAGUGGAAGGGCUGAGGCUACUGCCAGCUUCUUACCCCGGAGUGGGAGAAGCUGGCUGGUGCCGUGAAAGGGACGGAACUCCUACCAUUCGACUUUACAAACCCAAAAAGAAACAAAAACCAGGAAGCAAUGCACAGAAAGCAGUGAAUGACUACCAAUAUGAACGGAAAGCGGUUGACAUGAAGCGCUUUUUGGAUGCGCAAAUGCCAGAUUUCGUCGAGAAAGUGAAAGACGGUGCCGAUUUUGCCAAAUUCCAAGACAAGGCUACUCGAAAUCAGCUGCCGCAGGUGUUGCUGUUUUCCUCCAAACCCAAUACAUCGCCGUUGACCAAGUACCUUUCGGUUGAGUUUCGACGUCGAAUCCUCUUGGCAGAAAUCAAACCAAACAAGAAAAAUGAGAGCAUUCUAGAAAAAUACGGUGUUACCAAGUUGCCGGCCCUUGUGGUGAUCCCGCCAGCGAACGCAGACGGGGAUGAAAGUGCCCCCAUUCACUUCGAUGGAGAUGGCUUCACGAGGCACAAAUUGCAUGGGUUCUUGUCCAAGCAUGCCCUAAAAGAUCCUGUUCUCAACGCUAAAAAGAAGGAAGAUGUGAAAGGUGAAAGUGCAAAUGAAGAAGAAAAGUCUCAGAAGACAGGAGACGAUGAGGCAAACAGUAAGGCAAAGGAAAAGGUGCAUUCCGAGUUGUAG